AUGUUCAAUGAAUCACCUGACCCUCGUUUACUUGCAGUUGGGAAUCCAAAUAUACCACUCGAAUACGACUGCGCGCUGCGAGCCUUCGCCAUUGAAAUGGCUGCCUACAUUGCACCCAUCGCCUCCAAAGUGAAUUGGACGGUUCUUAGUCAAAGUGCCUUUCAAAUGAAUCAAUGCACCAGUACCUCAUUUAAUGCUUAUCAACCGUCAAGCUUUGCUAAACCGUUGAAGACCGUGACAGAAAUGCCAAAGAGUACCUGUCACCAUACUAUUUUUGCGCAAGAUUCAAAAGGCAACGAUUUAUUCGAUGGCACAUUGGAAAAGCCAGUGAAAACUAUUCAAGCCGCUCUAUCUCUCACACGUGCUCUACGUACUGUGCAGGGCAGUGACAGCAUAAUAUGCGUGAUUAUACGCGGAGGAACUUACUAUCUUGGAACAAAUGCCACGACAACAAGUAGUCAAAUUGGUGCAAUUUCCCUGACAAGUAAUGAUAGUAAUCUUGUUAUUGAAAACUAUCCAGGUGAGGUUGUUGUAUUAAGUGGUGGAACAUUAUUGCAAUUACAAUGGUCUGUCCAUGCUAAGGCAGCAGCUGGUGGUAGAAUUAUGAAAGCUCAAGUGCCAGAUUCUGUCAAUCUUGAUCAGUUCAAUGAGUUAUAUAUCGAUGGCAAAAGGGCAAUUGUUGCUAAAGCUCCUGAUGGUGAUCCUUCUACUCGGGGUUUAUAUGCGAGUGAUCCAGGAUUUUUUGGUGAAGCACAAAGUUGGGUGCGACCAAUUGAAAUUCCAGCUAUGAAAAUUUAUGUUGACGAACCUUCUCGCAAUGGAACAAUAUUUAGUAACUAUCAAGAUGGUAUAGGUGGUGGUGCUUCCGUUUUCAAUCCACCAAGAAAUUAUUGGAGUGUCACCACUCCACGUGGUGUACUGAACUAUCAUGUUCCUCGUGGUCUCACGGUGAAAAAUGUUCAAUUACCUCAUUUAAGUAAUUGGAGCAAGCCUAGUACUGGUUUUGUACACACUUUUCACGGCGGUUAUUGGGGUAGUUGGGUGUUUGAAAUAGCUUCAAGAAAUAGCACAGACAAUACAAUCCUGUUUGGACGAGGAGGUUUUCAAGAAGCACAUGGCUGGGAUAAUGGUGGUCCGUUCUAUGUUUCAAAUAUUUUCGAAGAACUCGAUUCGCCAAAUGAAUGGUUUUUGGAUAAAGAUACUCGUACUCUCUAUUUCAUGCCCAACGACACUAUGCCGAAUGUCUUCGUUGCUAGUCAAAUUCCUUGUAUUAUAUCUGUGAGUGGCAGUAGCAUUGAAGAUCCUGCUAACAAUAUAUUGAUUCAAGGUUUAACACUGACGCAUACAACGAAUACUUAUAUGAGAGAUUACAUCGUACCAAGUGGUGGUGAUUGGUCUGUUCACCGAGGUGGAACCAUAUUUUUGACGAAUACAAAAAAUAUUACCAUUACAAAUAAUUUAUUUACGCAACUAGGUAGUAAUGGUAUAGCUGUUAUUAACUAUAAUGAUGCUACCACCAUUUCUUUAAAUGAAUUUGUAUGGCUAGGUGACUCAGGUAUUGUUCUUGUUGGUACCACAAAUGGCAUUGAUGGGUUUAGUGUAGCAAGUCAGCCAGCUAGUACACUCAUAAAAUCAAAUCUAUUUCAUGAAACUGGCAUCUAUAUUAAACAAUCAUCACCAGUUUUCAUUACUGUAAGUCGAAGUAUAUCUGUGAUAGGUAAUCUAAUGUUUAACAUGCCACGUGCUGCAAUUAACAUAAAUGAUGGCUUUUAUGGUAAUCAUACUAUCAGUCAUAACGUCAUUUUCAAUGCUGUACGAGAAACUAGUGAUCAUGGACCAAUCAAUUCAUGGGAUCGACAACCGUACUUAAGCGAUGCCAUUCAGCCAGGUGUACCAUCACUUCGGCAACAUAAUAGUUAUAUUCAUCACAAUGUUCUCUUCAAUAAUUAUCGAUCUGUAUGGCCAAUCGAUCAUGAUGAUGGUAGUUGUUAUUAUGAGGAUAGCUAUAAUUUUCUAGUAUAUGGCGGCAAGAAAAAUUAUCUAGGUCACUCAAAAAUGGAUCACCAUGAGAUUUAUGUGUACUCGGAUUUAAGUGCAGGUGGAUUCGGUAGUGGCAAUUGCCUCAACGAUUAUGCUCCUGUACGUGGUACUAGUGGAUGGAAUGAAACUUGGAUUGAAAAUAUUUGUACACUGUUUAAUAGUUCAGUACCCUACAAUAUUGGAGACUGUGAUACAGGCAGUCUCUACGUCCCAUAUCUGGCAAAUAAUACAAUUUAUAUUCCAGCAGGUGCAGAGGUCGCAUUUAUUUGUAAAGUCAAUGGUACUAGUACUCGUUUGAACUUACAACAAUGGCAAUCAUAUGGAUUGGAUGCUGGUACUGUUGUUAAGACAGCACCCGAUGUCCAGGCAAUCAUUGAAUGGGGCCGGAAAAUGUUACAAGACACAUAA